CACACAACCCAUACACCAGUCGCGAGGAUAUGAUGUAAUUGGGACCCUGGAGAAGAGACCGCUGACGAGAUAAAAGUGACACUAUGAGUCAGCGCUCAGAGCGACGGGGGAUCCAUGUGGACCAAUCAGAACUGCUGUGUAAGAAAGGCUGUGGUUACUAUGGCAACGCUGCAUGGCAGGACCUAUGCUCCAAGUGCAGGAAGGAGAAGUACCAGAGAGCUCGGCAGAGACAGAUCCAGGAGGACUGGGCUCUGGCUGAGAAGCUGCAGCGAGAAGAGGAGGCGGCUUAUGUCAGCAGUCACAGUUCCUCUCAGACCCAGCCUCCACAGUCCCACUCUCAGCACUCUCUCGCCACCUUCUCUAAGUUUGAGGAGAAGAAAACCAAUGAGAAGACCCGUAAGGUCACCACCGUAAAGAAGUUCUUCAGCCCCUCCUCUCGCACGGCCCCUAAAAAAGUCCCCCCUGAAAAAGAAAGCGAGAAAGAGAAGUUGCAGGGCAGGAGGGAGAGCCAUGGAGAAAACCUCCUGAGGGAUCUGAAGGGCAUUUUUACCCAACCCUGGGAAAUGGCCUCUCCCACUGAAGCUCUGGUAUCAAGGCUGAGAGAAAGCCACGAGGGAAAAACGCCCAGUCCCUCCAUUACCCGCCAGUCCAGCAUCGAGACUGAUCACGUGUCACGAGACUUUGUGGAGUUUCUCAAGACCUUACAGAAGCCCGGCAGAGAGAUCCACAAGCAGAGCCGUGGUUUCAUAGAGAGCAUGGGAAAUAAAAAGGAUCUCAGUGCUGAAGAACUGUCAGAGUGUGUGCAGGACUUCUAUCAGGGCAUGUCUGACCGACUCUUGAAUCAUUUUAAAGGCUCCUCUGAGAAAGUGGACAGAGUAAUGGACCAAGUGGAAAAAUACAUCAUGACUCGACUCUACAAGAGCGUCUUCUGUCCAGAGACCUCGGAUGAUGAGAAAAAAGACCUGGCUACCCAGCACAGGAUUCGGGCGUUACACUGGGUCACCAUUCAGAUGUUGUGUGUUCCUGUGGAUGAAGAGAUCCCUGAGGUCUCUGAUAGUGUAGUCAAAGCCAUCACUGAUAUCAUUGAGAUGGACUCCAAGCGUGUGCCCAGGGAUAAACUGGCCUGCAUCACCAGUUGCAGCAAGCAUAUAUUCAGUGCCAUCAGGGUCACCAAGAACGAACCAGCUUCUGCAGAUGACUUCCUUCCCACCCUCAUCUAUAUUGUGUUGAAGGCCAACCCGCCACGGCUGCAGUCCAACAUCCAGUACAUCACACGUUUCUGCAACCCUUCAAGACUCAUGACCGGAGAGGAUGGAUACUACUUCACCAACCUGUGCUGUGCCAUUGCCUUCAUAGAGAAGCUGGAUGCCCAGUCGUUGAAUCUCAGCCCUGAGGACUUUGAGCGCUACAUGUCCGGUCAGGCUUCCCCUCGAAGGCAAGACGAUACUGCAGCCUGGCCGCAGAGUGGUACCCAUGUCAACCCAGCACUUAGCCAGAUCCAUCACAACCUCAAGCUCCUAUCCAGCCUUGAGAAAAGACAGCAGCAGGUCAUCGAGGGGGCGCAGAACCUGCAGGCCGAACUGGCAGAAUGGCAAGACAGCGUGUCCCGCGAGGUGCAGGAAAUCCUGGAGCGAUACCCACUGGAGAUCAAACCACGAGCAUCCGCGAUCGAUGCGGAGAAUGUGGAGAACGACAGGCUGCCACCUCCCCUUCAGCCACAAGUGUUUGCAGGUUAGCGUAGUGUAAUGUCCUCUGGAGUGAAUAAGCCAGCGACAUGGUCGUAUCAAGACGGGUAAAGCAUUUUUAUAUGCAAUGGUUGCUCUUGUCCAAGUUCUCCACUCCUUUUCUCUCUGUAUUUGGGCUGUUACCAUUCCAUUUGUCUUUUAAAUGCUUACACAGUCCCCCGUCAUAUCUUUUCUGCAAAAAUAUUCUUGUCUGACUACAUUUGUGCAGCUGAUUCAUAAAGGAUGAGGCAGAGUUUGUGAAACUAAAUAAGGUUUUCUAACCAGGCUUUAGAAGAUCUGUCAACAGUUUGAUCUACCUUAAUAUGAGUUGUUUUAAAAUAUUGAAU